AUGGGUCCCGUGAACAAUGCACAGGACCCACAGAAAAACAACACAAACGUGCAAAUGCACAAUGCAGACGCUAUCCAAACUCCACCUAUAUCAACAAGGCCAAAGAGCAAUAAUAGUUCAAAAUAUAAAAGAACACCUCCAAAAUUCUCACAUUUCGUACUAUCAUUCUUCUCCGCAGCCAAGUUACUAACAAAUAGUUCCAAAAGACCUAGACUCACAAUCCUUAAGACAGGAUUCGAAGUCUUGAUGAAAUUUGAAGUUAAGAAAGAAUUUCCUUUCAAAAUGCUAUUUGAAGCGACUAACAAUUUCUCAAAUGAUCACAAGAUUGGAACAGGUAGCUUUUUCUCAGUCUACCAUACCAGUUUAGAUGAUGGCCGAGAAGUGGCUAUUAAGUGCGAGAACGGUGCCUGUGCUUGCGAAAUUAACUCGAAAGCUUUGUCUUGCCAUAGUCACAAUAAUCUUGUUUGCUUAUUGGGAUUUUGUGGGGAUAGUAUCAAGCCCAUAUGGGUCUAUGAGUACAUGAAAAAUGGUAGUCUUCAUGACCAUCUUCAUAAGCUUCAAAGUAGUCCUCUAAUGUCAUCAUGGGCUACUCGGAUUGAAGUGGCACUAGAUGCAGCAAAAGGCAUUGCCAAGAUGUCUGAAAUCGGCCAUUUUGUGAAGCACUUCGUGGUAGACGAGAUGGAGCAUUUUUCUGAUCUGGUAGAGAUGGGCGCCUUGGAUUACAUGGUACACACGUCAUCUUACAUUGCACAAUGCAAUUGA